CACUCGACACGCAGAGGGCGCGGACACCGGACCUGCUGCCGGAGCACGGCGGUCCUGGCCGGCCUACAUCCCAGGCUCCGGCGACGGCCCCCUGCCCGCCCCGGCGAGGCUGUCGAGACGUCGGAGUAAUUCCAGACUCUCCCACCGCUGCUUCUUCCCUCAUCCAGGCCUCGGGAAGUUUGCCGCGGAAACGAAAGUAAAUUGAGUCUGGGGCACAGCUCUGAAGGGGGGAAAACAGGGGUGCAUAUUUGGACAUUCUGAGGAUUCACAAGGAAACCAGACAUGUCUUUGGAUGACAUUAAGAUGAAAUCUAGUGACUUUUUGGAGAAGGAGCAUCUCGACAGCGGGGGCUUCGGGAAGGUGUCUUUAUGUUUACACAGAUCCCAUGGACUCGUAAUCCUGAAAAAGGUGUACACUGGGCCCAAGCGCACUGAGUACAAUGAGUCCCUCCUUGAGGAGGGCAGGAUGAUGCACAGGCUGAGACACAGUCGGGUGGUGAAGCUCCUGGGCGUCAUCUUAGAAGAAGGAAACUACUCCCUGGUGAUGGAGUACAUGGAAAAGGGCAACCUGAUGCAUGUUCUGAAAGCAGAGAUCAGUAUCCCCCUUUCUGUAAAAGGAAGGAUAAUUAUGGAAACCAUUGAAGGAAUGCGCUACUUACAUGGAGAAGGAGUAAUACACAAGGACCUAAAGCCUGAAAAUAUCCUCGUUGACGAUGACUUUCACAUUAAGAUAGCUGAUCUUGGCGUGGCUUCCUUUAAGACGUGGAGUAAACUGACUAAAGAAGAAAAUAAUGAGCAGAGGAAAAUGAAUAAUAGUGCCCCAAAGAAAAAUGGCGGAACCCUCUGCUACAUGGCCCCUGAGCAUCUGAAUGACAUCAACGCAAAGCCCUCGGAGAAGUCAGAUGUGUACAGCUUUGGCAUAGUACUUUGGGCAAUAUUUGCAAAUAAGGAGCCAUAUGAAAAUGCUAUCUGUGAGCAGCAGUUGAUAAUCUGCAUUAAAUCUGGGAACAGACCAAAUGUGGAAGACAUCACUGAGUACUGCCCGGAGGAGGUCAUCAGCAUCAUGAAGCAGAGCUGGCAGGCGGAUCCAGACGCUCGGCCAACAUUUGCUGGUAUUGAAGAAAAAUUUAGGCCUUUUUAUGUAGAUCAUUUAGAAGAAAAUGUAGAAGAGGAUGUGGCAAGUUUAAAGAAAGAGUAUCCAGAACAAAAUUCACUUGUGAAGAGAAUGCAUUCUCUCCAGAUUGACUGUACAGCAAUACCUCCAAGCAGGUCAAAUUCAGCCCCAGAACAGCCCAGUUCGCUGCACAGUUCACAAGGGAUGGGCCCUGUGGAGGAAUCCUGGUUUGCUCCCUCUGCAGAGUACCAGCAGGAGGAGAAUGAGCUCAGCUUACGGAGUAAACUCCAGGAGGAAGCCAACUACCAUCUUUAUGGCAGCCGCAUGGACAGGCAGACAAAACCACUCAGACAGAGUGUGGCUUAUAACAGAGAGGAGGAGAGGAGACGAAGGGUCUCCCAUGACCCUUUUGCACAGCAGAAACCUUAUGAGAAUGCUCAGAGCCCAGGAGCAAAAGGUGCUCCUUAUUCCGGCACAACCAGUCACGGUAAUGCAGGACAGCAGCCCACAGGGCUAACCAGCCAGCCCCAAGUAGUAUACUGGAACAAUGGACGGUACAACCUGUAUGGUUAUGGAACAAGACCGUUGGAUCUGGGAACCGCGAGUCCAGGAGUUUGGUAUCCAAGCCCUAUGCCAAGCGUGCAUAAAACCCCAGUGCCUGAGACCAACCUACUGGGAAACACACCCACCAUCCCAUUCAGCUCCUUGCCAUCAAGAGAGGAGUCUGCAAAAUAUAACAUAUACAACAGCACUGGCAUUCAGGUUGGAGACCAUAAUUAUAUGGAGAUUGGUGGAAUGAGUUCAGCACUACUGGAGGGCACACACAUGAACUCGAAAGAAGAGCCAGCUUCUAAGUACCAAGAGAUCUUUGAUAAUACUACUAGUCUGACUGAUAAACAUCUGGACCCGGUCAGGGAAAAUCUGGGAAGGCAGUGGAAAAACUGUGCACGUAAGCUGGGCUUCACUGAAUCUCAGAUUGAUGAAAUUGACCACGACUAUGAGCGAGAUGGACUAAAAGAAAAGGUGUAUCAGAUGCUCCAGAAGUGGCUGAUGAGGGAAGGCAAUAAGGGAGCCACAGUGGGAAAGCUGGCCUAUGCACUCUACCAGUGCUCAAGGAUAGACCUUCUGAACUAUUUGGUACACAUCAGCCAGAGCUAAUUCCAGAAAGGGCUUUGGCAGCAUGAGGUAAUCUUCUCACUUAGUAACACACUGCAAGUGUGCUGCCUCAGAAUGGUCAGAAUUCUUUCCUCUCUGAUAGAGGUUCUGUGUCUGCAUAAAAAUCUCCCACAUCCCAUAGCUGGAGCAUGGGAAAGAAAUCUACAGCAAACAACCCACUAACCAGGAAGAAUUAUUAAUGUCCAAGGUCCAAUCCAAAAAAAAAGAAAAGAAAAAGAAAAGCCUAAUUGGGUUUUGAAAGGGAAAGAAGAGGUAUUUGAGGAAGAUAAUUUUCUUUCAGUACAUUCCAUAACCUUCAGUGAUGCUAUUCAUUUAAUUUCCUGGAGUUUCAUUUGAGCAAGAAAAACAAACUCAGAGAAAUGUAAACUAAGUCAACUUUCUUAUCUUAUGCUCUCUUCUCCAUGUAGGAUCCUUUUAUAACCAGAGUACAGUGAAACUGUGAGUUCUCUUCAAAUAGGAGGGGGGUUUUUUGUAUUAAAACUACAGUUCGUUCCAAAGCUAUAAGGUCUGUUAACUUCAGUAUCAAAUGUUGUAUCAGUCACUACGGGCUUUAAGAAUUACAUGCAUUCACCACUCCAUAAAUUAGCUGAAUGGGUUUUAAGGAGUACUGAGGAGAAAAAAAUAGAGAACAAAAAUAUCAGAAUUUUCCAGGCAGUUGUUGCAAGGAACUGCUAUUAAUUGUGGUAACUACAAAAAUUCUUAAGUUUUUAAGUUCUUCCCUAGCAUUCUGAUACUUUUGUAUUUUCCCAACCUCUGCCCUGAAGAGGGAGCAUGUAUGCUCUCACUGGAGCCUUGAGGCUGAUCACUGUUGAGCAGCUUCCUCAGUUUACCCCAGGAUACUGUAGAAAUUUUUUCUUUGUGUAUGUGAGCUGUGACGUCAAAAAGGACAGCUUCUUAGCCUGGUCAUUGUGCCUCCAGCACCAUUUCAAAGCCCUCCUGAAACUCAGAAGUGAGUGAAGGAACCAGAAGACAAGACUGAAGCCAACCAGGCCAUCCGGUAUCACUGUCUGCACUCUGAUAAACAGAAAGGGUCAUUGUGCUUAGCCCUUCCAGGAGGGAGAGGACGCAGCAUGGUGAGUCUGGCUGUCAGAACAGAUUCUAGAAGCUGGUGACUGAUAUCAGUGCUGUGGUUCUGGUUCCAAAUUCCCUCCAGCCCCAACGGAUCCACAUACCCCCACACACCGCUGAGGUGGGACCGUGAAACAGGAUUUGUCGACUUCUGCAUCAUUGGCAUCUUGGGCCAGAAUGAUCAUGGGGGCUGCCUUGUGCCUUGUAAAGCGCCCUCUGCCAAUAGUGCCGUCUUCCCCUCCUCUAUGCCCAGUCGUGACAAGACACUGCCACAUGUUCCCUGGAAGUACAAAACUGGCCCCAACUGAGAAGAGCAGUGCCCGAAAGUAAUGAACCUCAGCCACUUAUCCACACGUAUCGAGGCUCACUGUUAGUUGCCACAUAGCAUUCGAUCACACAGAUCAAAAGGAAAACUGGAAGCGGAAAGAGUCCCAGGCUUUGCAGGGCUGGGGGUGGGGUGGAUCAUUGCUUUUCUAAAUGUAUCCCUUGUACUCUGUCCUAACAGUGUUUCAAUUUUCUAAAUUCUCAAGAGAUUGAAUGAUCAAUGUUUUAGGAAGAAAAAAUGACGUGUAUUUUUAAUGGACUUUUAAAAAUAAAAUUUUGUACCUCAAAUAUGA